AAAGACGAACUAACAACCAUAACAAAAAGCGUCUCUUUUCAGGCGCAGGGAGGCCCUUGAAAUUCAUUUAAAAAAUUAGAACCGUUCGUUCUUCCCACAGAAGAGUCACUCGAUCCGAUUAAUCGCCUAAAAUAGAGCAGUCGCGUUGGCAUAUUAUUUGCCGAAAUGGCAGCGCCGAACCAAAGUUUCUCCAGCCUGGAGGAAUCUUGCAAAAAACUUCUCCACUCGACAAUCUUCUUGGGCAACUACACGGAGCGGCGUUGGGUGCCCCACUUGAAUCGGUACAAGGAUGUGAUAAUUUUGUCGCCAUCCGAAACUGAGCUCAGGAAAAAGUUAUUCAAACUUCGAAUGGACGUUCACGAGAAUUAUGAAGGAAUCAAAACUUCCAACAUCGUUCUCGCAGCGGAUUUCACGAUGAUUUAUUCUAAUUUGCCUUUUGGUUGCCCCUUCGGCUCGCAUUGGUUCAAAAUCAGGCACGUCAAAGUCGAGCCCAACGAACGAGACGUCAUUUUCACCCUGAAAAUUGUUAGAUCUGUUGACCCACGAGAUUUCAACGACUCCAGCAAAGGAGAUUUGCCAAAGCCUGCGGACGAGCCUGAAAUGAUUUGGUCGGACGCCCUUCAGAGACUGAAAUUCGCCUUCACCGUGUCAAACGUGAUUCAGUUCUUCCGCAUCACUCUGCUAGUCAUCAUGACAAUCGUAAUGGGCACCUUUGUGGCCAUCAAGUCCACGGCCACUUUUCUCCUAACUUUUACCAGAGAAUGCUCCAUUUUUGUCCGAUCGGCAACACCGUUCCUCUUGGGCACCUCAAAUGUGAUUUCCAAAAUAUUUGGCGGCUUUUUCAUUUUAUUGUCGAUGGUUUGGAAAGACAUUUUCUAUCUGGCGAGACGAAAAAUUGACCCCGAUGGAACACCUGUCCGACCUCCAGACAGACCUCAGCAAGCUCAGCUUCCGGCAAUUUCUUUCUACGGCAGCCAGUAUAACACACCAGUCACUCGAAAUGUCAACUUCAGGCAGCGCAGAUACGGCGGGGGAGUUAAAAUUACGGAGCUCCCUGACUAAACUUUUAGUUUGAUCUCUGAAUUUUUGUAAGGAAACAUUAAUUAUUAUUUUUUCUUGUUUUGAAUUCAAAUUGAGGAAUUAAAAGUAAAUUAUAAGUCGUGCUUGAAUCCAGUCUUUGUGAUAACUAAUUUUCAAUAAUCAUUGAAUUGUAAUUGUAGUAUUUUCAUUUCAUCGAUGGAAAUGUGACUUGCAAACAGACUAUAUGUACUAAUUUUAUAAUAAAGCUAAAUUGUGUAAUAUUUUUUUUUAUUAUC